AGCUUGUGCCAGAUGAGUGACAUCCCUGACCUGUCCCAGCAUAUCAACCUAGCCUUGACCAGAGCAUGGCCUGCAGAAUAUAGUGAAACUGCUGAAAUCUGCACAUCUGGACAUAGAAACAGGACUAGGGGUCACAGACAUUCACACAUCACUCGCCUCAGCCUGCCUGGUGUUACUCUCCCCACGAGGCAUGUAAGGCAGUCCUCAGUCCAGGACACCUGGGCCCCAACCUCAGAAGUUGAGGCCAAAAGAGCAUGCAAGUGGCUCCGAGCAACAGGAUUCCCUCAAUAUGCUCAGCUUUUUGAAGAAGGUCUGUUUCCCCUGGAUAUUGGCUCUGUGAAGAAGGACCACGGUUUUCUGGACAAGGACUCUUUGGGGGCCCUGUGCAGAAAGCUGAUGACCUUGAACAAUUGUGCCUCGAUGAAACUGGAAGUUAAUUUUCAAUGCAAGCAGAAUGAAGACUCAGAAGAGGAAGAGCAGUGUACCAUCAGCAACCACUGGGCUUUCAAGCGUGAAAGUAAAUGUUGGUCUCGUGUAGGCUCCUCUGACCUACUGGCCCCACCAAGCCCUGGCCUGCCAGUGACCUCCAGCUGUGAGAGCGUCCUCACUGACCUUAGUGCCACUUCCCUGCCAGCCAUCACUGUGAGCCUAUUGCCCGAGCCAGCAGACCUGCCCUUGCUAAGCUGUGCCCCCAGACCAAAUGACCAGCCAUUCCUCAGCCCCACCCAGGGCCAAGAGGGUCUCCAGGACAAAGCCAAGAAGUGCCGUUCUCGUAGCUUCCUUAAGCACCUUGAUUCUCUGAGGCGGAAGGAAAAGGGUGGCAGCCAGCAAACAGAGCCUGAGCGUAGCCCAGCCACCUCAAAGACCACCAAAGCCUCCUCUUUCUGCAGUCGCCGUGGCUUCCUCUCAGCUGGAUUCUAUAGGGCCAAGAAUAGGACAGCCACCUCAGCUGGUGACAGUGGCACUAAGGCUCAGAGGGCUUGGGAAGCCUGGCCUGUGGCCAUGUUUCGGCAUCCUCAGCAGGUGCACCGGGGUGACUGCCUCGUGCAUGUGCCCAGGGACCACAAACCAGGCACAUUCCCUCGCUCCCUGUCCAUUGAGAGCCUAUUUCCUGAGGAUGGACACCGCCUGGCAGAUUGGCAGCCAGGUAGGCCCUGGGGCUAUGAAGGGCGCCGGGGCUCCUGUGGCUCCACAGGCAGCCAUGCCAGCACCUAUGACAACAUGCCUGAGCUAUACCCAGCUGAGCCUGUACUGGCUGGGGCUGAAGCUGAAGAUGAGGAGGGUGGGGGCAACUACGCCCACCUAGAUGACAUUCUCCAGCAUGUGUGGGGGCUGCAGCAACGGGUAGAGCUCUGGUCUCAGGCCAUCUACCCAGACCUGGGGACUAGAGAUAAGGAAGAGGAAGAAGAGGAGGAGGUCACUUCAGUAAAAGUAGCCACAGUUGAGGUUGAAAGGCAGUCUGAGUCUCUGGCCCAAUUAGAGGCUCUGACCCAUAGAGAGUCCUCAGCUCUGGGCCAGGCUGAUGUUCAUCCAGUAGUCCCAGCUCAGGUUCAAGCUCAGGCUCAGGCUGAGCCCCUGGAACAGGCACAGGCCAAGGCCCCACACCCAGCCCAGGAUAAUGAGCAGGAGGCAAAUUCAGGUGGGGAACCAACCUCUGCCUCCAGCCUGUCUGUGGAAGAAGGACACUCCAUUUAUGACACUGUGGCCUCCUCCAGUGAACUGGACAGUAGCGGAAACUCUGUGAAUGAGGCUGAGGCUGCAGGCUCACCAGCUGGACUUCAGGCAUCAGCACCACGUGAACGACGAGAUUCAGGUGUUGGGGCCUCACUGACUAGACCGUGCAGGAAGCUCCGUUGGCACAGCUUCCAGAACUCCCACCGGCCUAGCCUCAACUCAGAGUCACUGGAGAUCAACCGGCAGUUUGCUGGCCAGAUCCACCUCCUGCACAAGGGCUCACUGCUGCGGCUCACUGCCUUCAUGGAGAAGUACACUGUGCCCCACAAACCAGGAUGGGUCUGGUCAGUGCCCAAGUUCAUGAAAAGGAAUAAGACCCCAGACUACCGGGGCCAGCAGGUGUUUGGGGUGCCACCCCUCAUCCACGUGCAGCGCACAGGCCAGCCACUGCCACAGAGCAUUCAGCAAGCCAUGCGCUACUUGCGCAGCCAGUGCCUGGACCAGGUGGGCAUCUUCCGCAAGUCUGGGGUGAAGUCCAGGAUCCAGAACCUGCGCCAAAUGAAUGAGACCUCCCCUGACAAUGUUUGCUAUGAGGGCCAGUCGGCCUAUGAUGUGGCUGACCUGCUGAAGCAGUAUUUCCGGGACCUACCAGAGCCUAUCUUCACCAGCAAGCUCACCACCACUUUCCUGCAGAUCUACCAGCUCCUCCCCAAGGAUCAAUGGUUGGCAGCAGCACAAGCCGCCACCUUGUUGCUCCCUGAUGAGAACCGAGAGGUCCUACAGACCCUGCUCUAUUUCCUAAGUGACAUUGCCUCUGCUGAAGAAAACCAGAUGACAGCUGGCAACCUAGCAGUGUGCCUGGCACCUUCCAUCUUCCACCUCAACGUCUCCAAGAAGGAUGGCACCUCACCCAGGAUCAGGAACAAACGCAGCAUCGUUGGCCGGCCAGGCCCUAGGGACCUGAGUGAGAACAUGGCUGCUACUCAGGGCCUAUCACACAUGAUCAAUGACUGCAAGAAACUUUUCCAAGUUCCCCAGGACAUGGUGCUGCAACUGUGUGGUUCCUACAGUGCAGCUGAGCUCAGCUCUCCUGGCCCAGCUCUGGCUGAACUGCGGCAGGCCCAAGCUGCAGGCAUGAGCCUGAGCCUCUACAUGGAAGAAAGUGUCCAAGAGCUGCUGCGUGAUGCUGCUGAGCGCUUCAAGGGCUGGAUGAGUAUGCCAGGGCCCCAGCACACGGAGCUGGCUUGCCGGAAAGCGUCCGAUGGGCAUCCCCUGCGUGUGUGGAAGGUGUCCACAGAGGUAGCAGCCCCUCCGGCUGUAGUGCUGCACCGUGUUCUGCGGGAACGGGCCCUCUGGGAUGAGGACCUGCUGCGGGCCCAGGUGUUGGAAGCCCUGAUGCCGGGUGUGGAGCUGUACCACUAUGUCACUGACAGCAUGGCACCCCAUCCUUGCCGCGACUUUGUGGUGCUCCGGAUGUGGCGCUCCGACUUGCCCCGUGGUGGCUGUCUGCUUGUCUCCCAGUCCCUGGAUCCCGAGCAACCUGUGCCAGAGUCAGGGGUGAGGGCCAUGAUGCUCACUUCCCAGUACCUCAUGGAGCCUUGUGGCUUGGGCCGCUCCCGGCUCACUCACAUCUGCCGUGCUGAUCUCAGGGGCCGUUCUCCUGACUGGUACAACAAAGUCUUUGGGCACCUGUGUGCCAUGGAAGUGGCAAAGAUCCGGGACUCCUUCCCCACCCUGCAGGCAGCUGGCCCUGAGACAAAACUGUGA